AGGCUGCUGAGGCGGCGGCGGCGGUUGGUCAGGGGCGUGCCGGCGAGGCAGAGAUUGAGCGAGAUGUGGCCCCGCAGGGAGACGUGACCCUCCUGCGCCUGGGCGGUUAGGGUUACCCCUCUUCAGCACUGGUACCAGAAAAACUGUUCCUGAGAGCAAAGUGGAGUGUGUAGUUGGCCCUGUGCAUGAGAACAGCAAUUUCAUUUCAAUAUAGAUGACCAUGCAGCCUGCAAUUCAAGUAUGGUUUGGAGAAGACCUGCCUUUAAGUCCACGGAGUCCGCUGACCCCUAGACAUGGGCCAGGUUUGGCUGAUGUUUGUCAGUAUGACGAGUGGAUAGCUGUGAGGCACGAAGCCACCCUGUUGCCCAUGCAAGAGGAUCUGUCAAUCUGGUUAUCUGGUUUAUUAGGUAUUGAAAUUAAGGCAGAAAGAUUAUUGGAAGAACUUGAUAAUGGAGUACUAUUAUGCCAGCUGAUUAAUGUUCUUCAAAACAUGGUGAAAACAUGCAACUCUGAAGAACCAAGGAAUUUUCCAAUGAGAAAAGUGCCCUGUAAGAAAGAUGCUGCGUCAGGUUCAUUCUUUGCUAGAGACAACACUGCGAACUUCCUUCACUGGUGCAGGCACAUUGGAGUGGAUGAGACUUACCUCUUUGAAUCUGAAGGUUUAGUUUUGCACAAAGAUCCAAGACAGGUGUAUCUUUGUCUUCUUGAAAUUGGUCGAAUUGUGUCAAGAUAUGGGGUUGAGCCCCCAGUAUUAGUAAAACUUGAGAAAGAAAUUGAGCUAGAGGAGACCUUACUUAAUACUUCUGGACUUGAAGAUUCCAUCAGCAUUCCAAAAUCGUGCUGUCAACAUGAAGAGCUGCAUGAAGCUGUUAAACAUAUUGCAGAAGACCCUCCUUGUAGUUGUUCUCAUCGAUUUUCUAUCGAGUACUUAUCUGAAGGACGGUACCGACUAGGAGAUAAAAUACUCUUUAUAAGAAUGCUUCAUGGAAAACAUGUCAUGGUCCGUGUCGGUGGAGGCUGGGAUACUCUUCAAGGAUUUUUGCUUAAAUAUGAUCCCUGUCGAAUAUUACAGUUUGCUACACUAGAACAGAAAAUUCUAGCAUUUCAGAAAGGAGUGUCUAAUGAAAGUGUGCCUGAUUCGUGUGCCAGAACACCUCAGCCUCCUGAAAUGAAUCCUUUGUCAGCAGUUAGCAUGUUUCAGAAACAGGAUUCAAAACCUGGCACACCCAUUGGUCUUCCAAGGAGCAAAGAGAAGCAGGUAUGUUCACCAGCUGUGUUGCUGCCAGCAUCUUCCCUGAAAGGAGGUGAUCUAGCCUCCAGGUCAGUCCGUUCUAAACUUCCAAAUUCUCCAGCUACAUCUUCUCACCUUAAACUCAAAUCUUCAAAAGGCAUAACAAAGAAACCACAGGCUCCUUCAAACAAUGUGACAUCUUCACCUGCUUGUCUAAAGCCCGUAGGUAAAAGCACUGCUUCACCAGCUUUAUCAAGAACUGCACCUUGUGUGUCUGAGUCAUUAAGAAAAUGUGUCCUAUCACCCAAAACUCCUAAGGCCAAGUUUGUUCCAGCCAAGGAGUCAAGAGAGAUGCAUGAGUCUACACUUUUGCCAAAUAAGUGUUCAGGAAAAACUGAACCAAAGCAUUUGAAACACAGUCAUGUAUCUUCCAGGGAUAAUGCAACCUGUCACUCAGCUGCAUGUUUAAAUUCAUCAUCAAAGUGUCCAAAGCCACCUAAGGGAAAUCUACAUGUAAGGCCUAACCCCUCUCCUUCUAUCUGGUCCCCUCCAAAAGUGAUGGCAUCCGGUUCCAAAACCACGACCGCAGGUCCGGAAACACGAUCCGGGCCAUGUGACAGAGCCCCGCAAGCGGGGGCGAUGCCAGCCCCGAAACCUAAGUCAGCCUGGAAUUUAAACCAGCCACUUUCUGUAGCCUCAGUUGCUCCUACAAAAGCUGCACAGAAAUCGAAAGAUAAAAAUACUGUUUCAGUUGCCAAAAAGCAGCCUCAGAAUAAAAGCACAUCCCAGAAGACAGGACCCAGCUCCUCCAGGUCCCCUGGCCGCACCCCACUGUCCAUCAUGAGUGUUCCCCAGUCUUCUGCCAGAACACAACCAGAACCAAAGUCAGCACAGACUGCCACCAGGAGCCAGGACUCAGCCAAAGGGCCUCCAAAAAGUGACAAAGCCCCAGCCUCAACCAGGAAACCACCUUCCUCUGGCAAGGAGGCAGUUAGUGGAGAUAAAAAAUCUCCUGCAAAGAAAAAGGAAGAUGACCAUUAUUUUGUUAUGACUGGAAGUAAGAAACCUAGGAAAUAAAUAUAACAUGUUAUUUUAAGAAAACAGAGGAAAGAAAGAGAGGGAAUGUGUUAGCUUCACAUCUUAAGUUUCUCCUAAUUGUGUUUAUCCAUUUGGGUUCAGACAUUAAGUACAGUAAGAUGAGGGUAGAGGUUGGGGUGAUGAGAGGGCUCAUCAGAAUUCACCAGAAGGUCCCCCUUUAGGCAGAUGGUUGUGAAAUUACCACGAGGCUGUCAUUAAUGAUAGACAUUUAUUGUCUGUUAAUGUCUGCCCAUGAAGGGAAAUAUAAAGUCAAAUAACACUACUAGAGUUAUAACUAUAGUUGCUAUGUUUUGAAUAUGUAUUAAAUAUGGAGGUUGUUACCUGCUAAUAGUAACAGAGGUGCUCUUAAUGUAAGUUAUUGCAUUUUAGUUUAAAAGCAACGGUUCGGCACUUGUCUUACAAAAGGUACCUAAUUCAGUUUCCUGACCAGGGUAGCCUGAUGGGACAGUACCAGGUACCGACGGCUGCUGCUGCUGAUUAGCUUGCUGUUGCUCUGGCUUUGGUUGGACUGUUACUAAAUUUUUUUUUAAGCUUUCCAAAUUAGAAGGAACUGAAUUUUUUAACUGACUCACAUUAACAUUGGUAAUAUUUUGUUACCAAUAUUUUUGGUAAAAAAGUAAAACCAAUUAAGGUAUUGACAUAUAAAUUGAAAUCUGGAAAAAAUAUUUUUCAUAUUAUUUAUAAGAAUGUAUACCUUGUAUUUUAGAUGGACAUUGUGCAAUGUGAAAACAGAAAUGGUUUGGUAGUUUUUAGCAUAUUAGAAAUAUUUUUAAAAUAAUGUAAUUUUCUAUGAGUGAAGAUACCAGUUUUUACACUAAAAUAAUGCUGUUUAACAUCAAAAUUAUGUUUUAACCAUCUCAAAAUUAAGGUGUGAUAUUAAAGAAUCUUAAAGCGCUGCUAUAUAAAAAUUCUAUCAUGUGGUUGUAAUUUUUCUUUAGUGAGCACAAUACCAGUUUUAAUUAGAUUCUCCCAAUUAUGUUAACUUUCUUUAAUAAAGUCAUGCUUCAGUUUUCUGAUGGCAAAUGGAUAGUAUAUAUGCAUCGUUUUCUGUUCUGUAGGCAGAUUCUCCAAGGAACUUACCCAGAUCAUGUAAUGACUACAUAGACCUCAUCAAUCUAAGAUGAUAUUUGUAAAUAAUUUGUUUUUUAAGAGAUUGUAACUAUUUUAAAAUGAUUAAUGUACUCUCAAGUUUUAGGGAUAUGUUUAAUAACUUUACAGUAUUAUCAGUUAUCACAGGUUGUUAUAUUCAGUAUUAAGGUUUGUAUUUCUCUAUUUCAAACUUAAAGUGUUUUUCUAAAGAAAAAUAAUGGUUCACACAAAUGUGUAAUCAUAGAAUAAGCAUCUUAAGCUGACUACUACUGUUGAUAGAUUAUAAAACAAGAAACCUUUGUAUAAAACUAAGUGAUCUUUUGUCUGAGGAAUACAGUUAAAAUCAAAGCUAUAUGCAGGCUAGUUUUUGAAAUAAUUGAUGCUUCUCUUCUUAAAAGAGACAGUCCCAGAGGAGGGUAUAGCUUUGUGGUAGAGUGCAUGCUUAGCAUGCACAAGGUCCUGGGUUCAAUCCUCGGUACCUCCACUAAAAAAAAAAAUUAAAAAUUAAUUAAAAAAUACAUAAAGAAACCAAAUUACUUCCCCCCUCCAAAAAUAACAACAACAAAAAAGAGAGAGACAGUACCUAAAUACUUAGUUUAGUUCCACUGUUGAUCUGGGCAUUGAGGUAAUAUUUACAUCUUUGGAAGGUGAGUCAAUGUUCAGGAAGUACUGGAAGUUUUACAUUUUUAGUGACAAGAAAUAUUUAAUGUAUCUUUAAAGAGGAAGAAUUUUAAUUUCAAGAAGGAGUUUAUUCCUUUGUAAGACCAAACGAUACUUCUGUAUCAGUAACUUCUACAACUUAAAAAAAAAAAGUAAAUGAAUGUAACUGAUUCCAAGUGGAUUUCACAAAACUGUAAACAGUAACUUUUGUGUUGAGAAUAAUCAGGAAUCAAAGUAUCAUCUGACACAAAUUCCAAGAAUUAUUUUUUUGAAAAUUGGAAGUUAAUUUAUAAGUAGUCCUUUUCUUCAUCAGGCUACUGAUAGUACGAAUUUCCAAUUCCUGUUAUUCUGUUUUGAUUUUACACUUUGAUAUGGUGAGAAUAUUUUUGAAAUACUCAUUUUAUCCUAUAUUAAUAUUCAUGAUCAGGGAAUUUCUCCAAUUAUAUUCACAUUGGAUGAAUUUUUAUUUCUAUAUAGCUUUCUCUUCCAACAUAAAGUAUUUUUUUAAAUAAACAAUGGCUGAGUGAUACUUUAUUCAAUAUAUUUUGAAAUGCUGUUAAAGAGCUGGUAUAUCCAGUUGUUUUCACAAUUUUAAAAAUACAUUGUUGAAGUUGGAAGUUUUCAUUUCUUCUUAACAAUAGUGUGAGAUUUUUAAUGUUUCUUCUUAAUACUUAAUAAAAUGAAUAUUGAGCUUCAAUUACUGAAAUAUCUGGAAGAAGAAAUAAUGUCUGCUUCCAGAGAAGAAUGGAAUAAGUUUUUAUUUUUCAUUGCUAUAAUUUGUUAACAUGACAAGCAUACCAAAUUAAUCUUCAGAGGAAAAUGUAAUGCUGAUUAUUUUUACAUUGUUUGGACUUACAGUGUUGUCUUUCAGGCUUAUAUCUUCAAAAUGCCUUGGUAAAUUAGAUGAUCUCUAACUUUCCUCUCCACACUGAGUUUACUUAAGGGAAAUUUUUUGAGAAAAAAAAUUACUAUUCCUUCUGCAGUCUGUCUCUGUCUGACUUAAAAAUCUAUUACUUCUUUAAAAGGUUUCAGUAACGUAUUGUUUAUGAUACAUUCUUACAUCUAGGUUUACAUACUGACUCUAUCUGAAUCCAAAUUUGUGUAUGUUUUCUUGUGCCAGCAGUGUUUGUAUCAAAUUUUAACUUGUAU